AAGCAAUGAAUUCAAUUUCCAAAUUAUAUUCAAACCAAACACUUUUCAAUGUAAAGACUACGAGUUUAACGUGAAUGAAACUUAUAAAUAUAUUUCCGAUGACUACCGAUACUCACUUUGUAAAAAAACUUUUGAUUAUUUUGACGUAAACGGUACGGAUGUUCCCAAACAGUGUUUGGGUCCAUAUUGUAAUUACAAUGUCUACAUAAAUCCCUGUGCAGUUCAAUGCUAUUUUCGAGACCAACCAUCGCCUAUAUAUAAGAAACAUUGGAAACUAUACGAUGAAAUAUACGAAGAUGACCAACAUUGGGAUAAACACUGUACUGUUAAUAAAUGCACUCAAAUGGUUCAACAAUAUUUCAAAAAGACUAUUUUAAUCAAUAAUACAAGUCAACAGUGCGGACCUAAUCAUUUUUGCGAUUUAAAUGGUUGUUGUGUUGAAAGAGUAACACCUAAGCCUUCUACAGCACCCACACCUAUACCAACAACUCCUUCAACAUUACCGACAUCGACAUCAACACAAUGGACACCACCAUCAAAGUCAACGACUGAAACAACAAUGUCUCCAAUUAGCACUACAACAGAACCACCGCCGAAGCCACUCAAGUGUAAAAGUGUCGGACUUUUUAAAGAUCCAAAUGAUAAGACAAACAGAAAGUAUUAUAAAUGCUCACUAAAAGCACAAGAAAUAGUUUGUCCGUUUGGAGAAGUAUUCAAUCAAAGGUUAGGCCGUUGUGUUAAUGAAGGAACAACAUUACCUACGCCGAUGACAACACCAACAACAACAAAGACAACACCACCACAACCAACAACAACAACAACAACGACAACACCACCACAACCAACAACAACAACGACAACGACAACACCACCACAACCAACAACAACAACGACAACACCACCACAACCAACAACAACAACAACAACGACAACACCACCACAACCAACAACAACAACAACAACGACAACACCACCACAACCAACAACAACAACGACAACACCACCACAACCAACAACAACAACGACAACACCACCACAACCAACAACAACAACGACAACACCACCACAACCAACAACAACAACGACAACACCACCACAACCAACAACAACAACGACAACACCACCACAACCAACAACAACAACGACAACACCACCACAACCAACAACAACAACGACAACACCACCACAACCAACAACAACAACGACAACACCACCACAACCAACAACAACAACGACAACACCACCACAACCAACAACAACAUCAAUACCAACAUCAACACCAUUAACAUCUACUACAACUGUUUCCACAACUAUCAUCGAUACAACCACUGUUGAACCAUACGAUCCGACUAAAGAUCCUGAAACGAAAGGAAUUAUCUGCAAAAAUGAUGGAUAUUUCAUGAAUCCAUAUAAUUGUAACAAAUUUUAUCGAUGCGAAGGACACGAAAUUUGGUUUUUUAAAUGUCCAAAACUGGAUCUAUAUUGGGAUAACAACGACUUGACUUGUAUUAGAAAAGAUGAUUGGAUUAGAAUUCAUGACAAAUGUCGUGUCAUAACUGUUCCCACAGAUAGUUCUAUGAUUAACAAUGAAUAA